UUCGUUGAUAUAAAUAUCGUAAUAAUUUGACAAUCUACCUCACUAGUCGCUGAGCCACUACAAGAUGAAAGUCGCCAUAUUCUUUGCUCUUUUCGUUGCAACAGCUUCGGCUGCUUCCAACCCCCAGCGUAUUGUGGGUGGGCAAUUGACAACCAUUGAUCAGUACCCAUCCAUCUCUUCCCUUCUGUACUCUGAGAACUUGGUCGCAUGGUUUCAACGUUGUGGUGGUAUCAUCAUAAACAACCGAGCUAUUCUCUCUGCUGCUCACUGCUUCUACCGUGACCCGAUUAACAGAUGGCGUAUCCGUGUCGGCUCUACUUUCGCACACAGCGGUGGCGUUAUGCACGCUGCUAGCAAUGUCAUCAUUCACCCUAAUUUCGACGACAGAACCCUGGACAGUGACAUCUGUGUCGUGCACUCUGCAUCUGCCUUCACUUUCAACAACAAUGUUCGCGCGGCUUCUAUUGCUGGCUCCAACUACUGGGUUGGUGACUACCAACCCGUCUGGGCUGCCGGUUGGGGUUCAACCUUCGAUGGUGGACCAGGAUCUAAUCAACUCCGCCACGUAAUGGUCUUGACUGUCAACCAAGACAUCUGCAGAGCCAACUACGGUCUCGUCUUCAUUCAAAUCACCGAAAACAUGUUGUGCUCUGGCUGGCCCACCGGUGGUCGCGACCAGUGCGAUGGUGACUCUGGUGGCCCUCUCUACCACAACGGCGUCGUUGUUGGUGUCUGCUCCUUCGGUCUUGGAUGUGGUCUUGAUUCCUUGCACGGUGUCAAUGCCCGCGUAUCCCGUUUCUCUUCCUGGAUUGCCGCUAACGCAUAAGAUGUUGUAAACGAUUUCUAUCAAUAUAAUAAAAUGUUGUAAACUAUA